AUGGAAUACAAGGCAGAGCUACAUAAUUUGUUGAAACAAUUGAAACAGCUUGAGGAUUCUAACAAGAUUGACGCGGUACAAUAUGAGACCAGAGUAAAGUCUGCACUACACCUUGUGAAAGCCAUUUUAGCGAUGGAUGGAGAUUGUCACGAAUUGAACUUGCAAACAAACAUUGAAACAAUUGGGGAGUGUUCAGUUGUUUACCGUGGUGGCGCAGAAAGGCAACAAAAUCUUGAAUUUCCUGAUGUUGCAAGCCAUUUAAAGUCAGAGAAUCGAUCCGACCAGCACGUACUCCACGAUUUACUUCAACUAGUAUCCGAUCCCGAGAACCAACUCCGAAUAAAGCCCGAGUACCACAUGAUAGCAAAGCGACUCUCCGGGAUCUUGCGCCAAGCUAUUGAAAUGAGAGACGAUGCGGAAUGGAAACUUCGAAAUUAUGUGUGUUUGUGCCUUUCUUACGAUGUGAACUAUUACAAGAAUAAUGUUGAUCAAGAUAAAUUGGAGGACACGCAAGUGCUCGCAGACAUUAUUGAAUCACAAAACUUCGAGGACAAUGAAGACUCAAUUUUCAGUAUUACUCAAUCUGUCGACAUUCACCACCCGCUAGAACUUGACUCCAAUAGUCCCUCAUUUUUGGCGAUUUAUCGUCUUUGCUUGCCAAUAUUGGUCGGACGUCCAUCAAUGAGCAUUUGGAAAGUAUCCUGGGCAAUAGUAGAGGCCUUCAAAAAGCAGCAACAUGUAAAUUAUUUUGAGAAUGGUGACGAGAUUGACAUUUCUCCUCUACUUCCUGGAACCCACAAUAAUUUGAACCAGCGGUAUAUGCAAGAGUUCAACGGAGAAAGAAACGCAAAGGAACUUGCACAAGCAGACCCGAGGUCGGUAAUUCCUCGUCUUACGCAGAUUGUCAAAGACCUCGAACCUUUGACCAAGGAAGUCGACCCUUGCUUCCCCCAUCUAUUCAAACACUACAUCCAGUUUGUGGACCAAAACAUAUGUAGUGCUACCAGAGAGGAUCACAAGCUUUUGGAGGAAAUGCCGAACCUUGUCAAUUCGAUUUUUUCCACAGAUGACGUGGGGGUCGAGUUUGGGAAUCUUAUUCGCCGAUUUAUAUAUCUACAGUCAUUGCUACUAUGUGAAAACCCCUCGGAGCAAGUUACUUUGCUUAUGCGUGGUAGCUGUUUUGAGUUUGAAAGAUUGCUUCGUUUAGAGGAGGGUACAUUUCGGUUGUGGAGGGUGAAAUUGGAAAAAGUACAAGUUAUCAACAGGCGAUACCUGGAGCUAGACAAGAGAUUGCAAAUAAUUUCAAAAUGGAGGUCAGCCAUAAAGAAGAGUGAGUUGCGAGAUCAGCUUGCCACAUCUCAAUACAAAGAAAAGCUACAGUUGCAGAUGAUAUCGAGGUUGAGAAAUAAGUUGAGGAGAGCAGAGGCAUUUCGGGCGAUAUCAGGACAAUUCAGUUUGACUCGCGGAUUCAACAAAUGGCUCGACAUAUUUAUGCUACACAAAGGGCAAGAACUCGAUUCAGAAAGGACCUACACCAACAACCUACGCAGAAAGUGUAUGAAUGCCUGGCGGGAUAAUACGAGCCGCAAUAAUCAGAUCGAAUUUGAGUUGGAGGAGAAAUGUGAUGACUUUGUUAGAACAAGCACUCAGUCGCUUCUCAAGAGAAGCUUUUCCAAUUGGUACAAGUUAUUGAAUGCGAGUUGCGGUACCGGACAACUCCUUUCUAGCUUGCAACAUUUCAACUCAAUAAGGAACAACUUUGCAGUUGAAAUUUUCUUUCGAAAGUGGCGACAGUCCGCGACAAUAGUCUUUAAAUUAAAAGAUUUCAAACACAAACAGAACCGUCGUAUGGUUUGCAUUGUCUUGAACAAUUGGCGGUGCCAACUACACCUUGAUGAUUGGGCACAUAGAAUCAUGUAUGAUCACAACGCUGCAAAGAAGAGGACUGUUUUUGAGAAAUGGAAAUUGAGCUCCACCACGGAGAUCGAAGCUCGUUCGUUUCAGAAUAGGAAUCUCGUUCAAAGAUAUUUCAAGCGGUGGGUAAUGGAAAGCAAUGCUAACAUGUUACUGGCCACAUUAGAACUACACAUGUUGAAAAACACGUUUAAGAAAUGGAGGCUUCAAUCAUUGGUGAAGCGUUGCGAGGAUCUCGUUAACAAAGAGUUCGUGGUGUCUGUCUUCCAGCACUGGAAAGACAGGUUCGAUACCGCAGUGAAGCGAAAUGCCGAAGCAGUAGCAUUUCAAAACUAUUAUUUGACCAAGGUUGUUCUUAAGCAAUGGAGAAUUGCAAAGUAUACCCUCAUAGAAAAAGUCAUCCAAGCUGAAAGGGUGCACCUAAAACGCUUCCUCGCCAAGUGGGAAUCUCGUUUUGAGAAACAGCAAAGUGAAUUUCAAAACGUCGAGCUUAUUGACAAACACACACUCAAGCACACUUUAGCAAUCUGGAAGGAUAAGUUUGAUUCUGCAUUGGAGGACAAAUUAGUUGCACGCAUUCCAAAAUUCACCGCUUACUCAAAUGCAUUGAUAAAGCGGAGAUAUUUCUUUGAUUGGAGGGCACAACACUGGUACCAACAAGAAUUACAAAGCAUUGAGUUUUCAUACACUCCUGGACUUCGUACAUUCUUCCUACAUUGGUUCAAACGUGUAGAUGAGGUGCAUGCAUUGGAGGAAAGGGUCGCUAUUUAUGACGAGGGGUUGAUGUUCCGGAUGCUCGUACAAUGGAGGGAUCGGUUUGAACAGAUUGAUGCUAUAAAUGAGCAAGGCGAGGACCAACUUGCGCAAAAGAAUUUUGCGCUUUUGAGACAGAGCACUCAGGAUUGGAUUUUUAAAUUUAGCAAAGGGGUGAAGAGACAUCACCAACUAUUAGAAACUUUUCAAGAGCGAGCAGAUAAGCGAUUGGCAAGAAAUGUUAUCCAUUUGUGGUUACAAAAACACAAUCUCAGAUUGGAAGAAGAGGAACUCGCUAACGAGACUUAUGUCAGCAACUCAUCCCCUCUCGCAAGCAGAGCUCAUCAGCAAAGACAGCUCAAAGGAGAUCUGUCAGCUCCUACACCUGAGAGACGAUUCUCGCCAAUCAGAAUUUCAACCCCUCGAUCAAAAGAACCAAGUCCCUCAAAGAUGCAGGCAACAUCCCAACGCAUGAGAGAUCAACAAGUAUCCCAACUUCGAGAACGCUUUGGAAGGGCCAAAUUAUCUCCACGGUACAAGGUCAAGCCCAUUUCUCCGGUGAAAUUAAAUUACAAUGUUGACCUAUCGCCGCCUAAAGAUGAAAAAAGUCCUCAUGGGAACGAGUUUCUUAGUCCAAACACUUCCAGCUCUACGAGUCCCAUAGAAGGUCAAUCACAGUUGAACUCCUUUAAUGACACUUCCAUUAUUUCCACUGCCAAACGAAUGGGUCGUAUUAAGCCUAUUUCAUUUCCUACAGGAGAGGAAAAUGAUGUUCGGCUUUCCCCCGCAAGCAAAGUAAAACGGGAACCUAGAAUUUUAACAUAG